ACUAACUUCACUUCUUCAGCUCAGCAGCAGACCAGCUCCUCCCUCCAUCACCAACUAUGGCCAGCAAAUUUGCCCAAAAUGACCUCCCAUCAGAAUCAAACAUAUACAAUAACGAUGAGCUCCGGAUUGUCAUGGUGGGGAAGACCGGAGUUGGGAAGAGUGCCACAGGAAACACCAUUCUGGGAAAAGAGUCCUUUGAAUCAAAGUUCUCUGUUAAAUCCAUGACUGUAAACUGUUCUAAUGCCUUUGGUGAAGUUGAUGGACAAAUAGUUAAGGUUAUUGACACUCCUGGUCUGUUUGACACCAAGAUUGAAGAAGAGACGACCAGAAAUAACGUUCUUCACAGCAUUUCUUAUGCUUCUCCUGGACCCCAUAUCUUCCUGGUCGUCAUCAAACUGGGCAGAUUCACAGAUGAAGAAAAACAGACAGUGCAGACGAUUCGGGAAAUCUUUGGAGAGCAAGCAGACAGAUACAGCAUGGUCCUCUUUACCCACGGUGAUAUGCUCGAAGACCAAACUAUCGAAGAGUUCAUCGAGGAAAGUGAAGAUCUGCAGGAACUUGUGAACAGAUGUAACGGCCAGUGCCACGUCUUCAAUAAUAAGGAGAAGGAUCGUUCUCAGGUCAGAGAGCUGCUCGACAAGAUCAGAAAGAUAACAGAGAAGAACGGAGGAAGCCAUUACACCACUGACAUGUUCCAGGCGGCAGAGAAGGCCAUAGAAGAGGAGAAACAGAGAAUCCUUAAAGAGAGAGAAGAGGAAAUACGCAAACAGGAAGAGGAAAUGGAAAAGAGAUUAGAUACGAAGUAUGAGGAACAAUUAAAAAAAAUCAAAGAGGAUAGGGAGAGGUCAGAAAGGCAGAUGGAAGCUCAUGAAAGAGAAAUGGAGGAGGAGAUGAGGAGAAAAAGAGAAAAGCAGGAAAAGCAAAAAGAAGCUAGCAAAAAAGAAAUGGAGGAGGGGAUGAGGAGAUUAAGAGAAGAGGAGGAAAGGCUGAGAGAAGCUAGCAAAAGAUCAACAGAGGAGGAGAGGAGGAGAAUACAAGAAGAGGGGGAAAGGGUGAGAGAAGCUCACAAAAGAGAAAUGGAGGAGGAAAAGAGGAGAAUAGGAGAAGAGGAGGGCAGGAGGGCCAGGAAGGAUGCUGAGGACAGCACUUCAUGGUUUGACGACUUUUGUUCCGCUGCGAAAACAGGUCUGACCGCUGUGGAACAAGGUCUGACCGCUGUGAGAAAAGGUGUGAGAUCUUUGUCUUUGAUCUUUGGGCGUCGAUGAUACAGCCUGACCCUCUGGAACACCUCCUUGUUCAUCUUCACAGCCCCCUUUUAGAUUUUGUGGUUUGAUGUGAUUUAUAGUAACAUCAGUUAUUUUAGUGGGGAGUUACAAUUACAUACUAACAGGGUGACAGAUUGUCAACAACCAAGAUGUUAACAUUCUAAACUAUAUUAAUGUAAUGUAAACUCAUUUGUUCUUUGAUUGCUUUUGCUUUUACAAGAAAAAAGUAUAACGAAUUAUAUAUCAUGAAUGAAUGCUUUUAAGAUGUUAUAUGGAUACGUUUUCUUUGGCUUUCCUGUAACUGAAGGCGUAAUGUUGCUUUUUGUCAAAUCAAAAGGUUAAAAUGUAUACAUGUAAUGAAUUUUGGAAUUCAAUAUGAAAAGUUUGGAACACAAAUUAAUAUGUAAAGACAAAAAUGUAAUAAUCAAACAUUUCCAAUAAUAAAAGACGGUUGACUUCA